AUGAGCGACUUCACCAGACUCAUCUUCCAGGCCAUUAACUUCGCUAUCAUCUGUGAGAUCAUCGACGUCUUCGGUACCGUCACCAACGUUAUGAACAUCAUCGUAUUUGUCAAACAAGGCUUCAGUGAUCCCGUCAACGUCAGUCUGCUCGGUUUAGCCAUUUCUGACCUGGGCUGUCUAGUGACCCUUGUCUGGCACAACAUUUGCUUCAACCCGCUGUUCCACGCCGCUGACCUGCCCUUUGACUCCAUUGAGAUGCAGUACCUGACGGGAGGUUGGCCUCACGUGAUCUUCACUCGUGUUACCGCCUGCAUCACUGCCUUCAUUACGUUCGAGCGGUGUCUGUGUAUUGCAAUACCUCUGAAGGUGAAAAACAUAAUCACUCCAAAACGAGUGGUCAUCGUCAUCGUCUCCAUCUUCGUCAUCCUCAUUGGCAGCGUCGCACCAGUUUACUACAGCAACAGAUACGGCAUGAAGUUUUUCCCUGAUCGAAACAAAACUCUUAUCGGUCUUGUUUUCACCGACGACAGGAAAGAAGUUGAGGGAAUCUCUUACGUCAUCAACAAUAUUUUUAUCCCUUUCAGCGCCUUUGCCGUCGUCAUCGUCUGCACUGUCAUUUUGGUCGUCAAGCUACAAAACAAAACAAGAUGGCGGAACGAGUCCACUGCCGCGGGGCAAUCCGACAACUUUUCUAAUCGUGAUCAGAAAGUCACAAAGAUGGUGACAAUGAUUUCCACGUUGUUCAUCAUUUGCUUCACUCCAGUUUCUCUAAUAUUUAUUGGGAAAACUGUAGUUGCUGGACUAUCUAUAGACGGCAGAUAUCACAAUCUGUACUUUGUCCUAUUUUCCUUUGCUUAUAUUCUCGAGUCAACGAAUUCUGCUGUGAACAUCUUCAUUUACUACGAAAUGAGUUCCAAAUACCGUUCUGUGUUUGACGAGACCUUCAGGCGAAAGAAGAAACUAGCAGCCAGCAAGCAAUGA